GAGUAUCAUCGCGUCGAGGAAGCGGUUGAAGAGGUGGCACCGGCCCCCGAGAUGCAGCCAGUGCAGACGCUUCCAGCUCCCUGCGCCGAGCACGUCGAGGUGCUUCCAGAUGCUCUCGUUGAGACUUCAGAGCCGCGGAACCUGGAGGCCGAUGCGCAGCUUGCGCAGGACUGGCUGGCGCCAGCGGAGCAUCCGGCACCGGUCGAGGAAUUCCCUGUGGAGUCGACCCGGCAGCCAGCUGCACAGGAGCAAGGACUGGAAAUGCCAGUGGAGCAAUCCAAUGGCCACGACAGGGAGGUCUUCGAGGGAGCGAUGCCACAGCCACCCGUGCACGCGAACGGCGGGCCUGGCCAUGUCGAGGAGCCGGAAGAACCUCCUGAGGAGGCUGGUCCUUUACCGGACCUCGCGGCCAACGGACGCGAGACCCACGAAGUCCCCGAGGAAGCACCGCCGCUCCAAUUCGAAGCUCAAAGAGUUGAGCAGCGCAGUGAGCCGGGCGAGGUGGGGCAACUGCGUGCAGACUACGAGGCCGAACAGCGGCUGCCUCGGCAGUUGAAGCCAAAGGUGCGGGAGCUGCUGAGGGACAUCCGUGCGUUUCAGUAUCCGAGGCGGAGGAACAUCCAACACGAGAUCCGCGAGAAGGAAAUCCGGCCACCGUCGCGGCAGAGUCCCAUACCGAGGACACAGCGGACACUCGUCGAGGAGCUGUCCCUGAUGGAGCCGAGCCCUGUGAAAGCGCGCCUGAUGGGUGCCGUGCAGCAAAUUGCGCACCUACAGGCCCGCAUCGAGGAACUUGAGUCCGAGGCUGCGGUGGCCAAGGACGUUGAGCUGCAGCUCUCCGAGAAGAUGGGCUGCAUGACGAUGCAGCUGACGGAGGCGCAGGCGGCACGGCAGCAAGCAGAGGCCGCCUCAGCCCAGCUGCAGCGUGAGGCCGACCAGCUGCGGCAGGAGGCGUCCGCUGCAUCUGAGCGGGCGCGCGUGCAGGCCGCCGAGGCGUCUGAUGCAGCUCUUGGGCAGGUGAGGGAAGAGAUGGAGCGCGAGCUGGAGCAUCUCCUGAAACAGAAGGAUGAGCAGCUGCGUGCCAUCGAGAGCAAAUUCGCCGCCAGCGAGCGCAGCCGGCAGAAUGCCACGAGGGACCUGGAAGCGCUGACGCAUGAAGCUGACGCGCUGAAGCAAGAGUUGGAGCAGCUGCAUUCGGACUCGGCUGGCCGCACCUCCGACCACGAGAGGUCGGUGGAACAGCUUACAGCCGACUACCAGAAGCAGAUUGCUGAGCUGGAGGAGAGGCGCGACAUCGAGGAGCGGCAGAAGCACGAGCUCGCGCUGAAUCUCCGCAGUGUGGAGGAGAGGAGCCGCAGCGAACUCGCACAGCUCGAGGCGCAAAAGACGCAACUCGAGCUGCAAAGCGGAGUCCCAGCCCCAGGAAAGGUUGCGAAAGAUUUGCUGCAUAGAGCAAGUGCUGCCGCCAUGAGCCUUGGAGCAAGAAGGUGUUGA